UGAUCAGCUGUGUCUAGUCACAGCAGAUCACAUGUACACUGAUCAUCAGAGCACUGAUGAUCAGUGUGCCCUGAUGAUCUCUGUAGCCCCAGCAGUGCCACCUGUCAGUGUCCAUUAGUGAGAGCUCUCAGUGCUCAUCCAUGCCACUUGUCAGUGCCCAUCAGUGCCACAUUUCAGUGCCCAUCAGUGCCACAUCAAUGCCACAUAUCAGUGCCCAUCUGAGCUGCCUUUCAGUGUCACCCAUCAGUGCCAGUCAGUGCCACCUAUCAGUGCUGCCAAUCAGUGCCACCUAUCAGUUCCAGUCAGUGCUGCCUAUCAGUGCCAGCCAGUGCCGCCUAUCAGUAUGCAUCAGAGCUGCCUAUCAGUGCCGCCUAACAGUGCCAGUCAGUGCCACCUAACAGUGCCAGUCAGUGCCACCUAUCAGUGCCAUAUAUGAGUG